AUGCUACUUAUUGGAAACAAACAGGGAGAGCUACUAGCACACAGUUUGGAUGAACGUCUCCUGUCAUGCAGUGAGUUGGUAAAGUUAAGAAAACUACAGUUUCAUCCAGGAAGUCCAAACCACAGUCACAUCGUUGCACUAACUUCAGACAAUAGUCUAAGGUUAUACCAAGUCGAGAAUGGUGAAGUUCGCAAUCUGGCAGUAUAUUCCGUCGGAGAAAAACCGUCGACUUUAUUUCCGGGAACUACAACUACUUUUUUGGAUAUAUACGGAGAAGUAGCCAUAGACUUCGAUUUUGGACUUCCAGAAAUCCAAGAAAUUAUCAAACCCGCGAAAUGCGAUGAAACAAAAUCAUUUAUUAAAGGUCAGACACGUCUGGUUAAUACAGAAACACAAACGCCAAAUAAAAUUGUGGCAAAUAUGAAAACAGAGAAGAAGAAAGACAAGCAAGAAAAUGAUGCAGUUGUUUGGCCUAUUUUUAUUUUAAGGAGCGACUUGUCUAUCUAUAAAGUGUCAUUUGAUUUAAAACUGAGAUGGAAGCCGAUAAUUGGUGCACCUCUAGCUAUGUCAUACACGGCAGAAGAGCAAAUCGAUGCAUGUUCCAUAAUCUGUUUAAACACUCUUCCUCAAAUAAUGUGCAUAUCUUUAUGUGAUGGUUCUUUACUACAUGUAGUGUGUUCAGAGGUUGAAUCAUCAAAGUCUGGAUCUAGGAACUAUCCUGGCGCCGUUUCCGAACACGAAUUAUUCGUCUUUGAAAAAGUACAAUUGGAACUAGGACUAACGACGUGUGAGGAAGAUCAGGGAAACAAUUCCAAAUGUGCAGUACAACUGAAAAAGGACGAAGUGAGACCUGAAAGAUAUUACGCUAUCCACGGUGGUGGAAUACAUUCUGUCGUCAUUUCUUGUAUUGAUGGUUUGCAGCAGUUUAUAAAUGCACCAGAAGCUGUCGAUCCAACAUCCGAUAUAUUCAUCGAACCCAGUAAGGCUGAGUAUUUGGUAUGUACAAAAAAGGCUUCAUCCGUCGAGAGCAUACCAGUUAUAGGUUUUGCUUUAUACUAUGAACCUACAUCGAUUAUUACUCUGCUCGGUGAUGGGAGAUUGGUCACCCUUGGAAUACUAUUGAGCACCAAUUUACCGAACAUAGAAGAUUUGAAGAUCUCGGACGAUACUGUAGUGUCUCCGUUAAAAAAGCUUCUUCAAAGAACAGCCCAAUGUUUUAGAGAUGAAUAUUUCAAGAACCACAUCAAAGUAAAGGACGCCUUAGAGAAGCGAAUCAAGACGUUAACCAUUAUGAAAAGGAACCAACAAAACGAAAUUGAAAAUAUGAAACUUGAAAGAGACAUGCUUCGAGAUAAAGCGAGUAAUUUAGCGGAGAAGUACGAAGAUAUUAAAGAUAAGCAAGAUGAGCUUUUAAAGAAGUCCGAAAAUUUGUUGAUGUUAGUUUCACGGAGAAGAAGUUCACCUUCAGCUGCAGAACAGGAAUUCAUUAAAGAGCUGGACGACUGCAGUCGUAAAAUCGCAAUGUAUCAUGACAGGAUCGAUAAAGUAAAGAACAAAAUGAAGUAUCAACAAAUACAGGACGAAGAAAAUUUCAGAAAUGGUCAGAAAGAUAAACGAAUACAAAGUACAACUGGAUUUACAAUGACGUUUAUUCUAAAAAUAUCUUUCACUGUCGAAAUAAAAUUUUUUACAAGUUAUUAA